ACAGUCGACAGAACUGGAAAAGAGUAGACACCCUGGAGGAUUGUAUGCUGUUGGCUUCGUUUUUUCUUCCUCUGUCUCUUACUUACAUUUUUCUUCUUUUUUUCUUUUUUUUUUUCGGGACACUCAUUUCUGGGGGAGUCUGAAGUGAUGAGUGGACCCGUCUUUGAGAAGAAAAUCUCGAGCAUUCUGAGCGACCUAUCGGGCUCUAUGAGCUGUCACCCGGCCACCAAGGACUCACCGACUCUGCCCGAGUCCACCGCCACGGACAUGGGUUACUACAACGGACAGCACGAGUAUUACCAGAGUCAGUCUUACGCGCAGCCAAUGAACCCCUACCCUUACCAUCACCAGUUCAACCUGAGCAUGGGUGGUGCCGGGGCGUACCCCCCAAAGUCUGAGUAUCCCUACUCCAGCUCUUAUCGAAAUUAUGGACAUUAUAAUAGAGACCAACAGACGCCCCCACAAGAAACAGUAAAAGAGGAACCCGAACCCGAAGUAAGGAUGGUGAACGGAAAACCAAAGAAGAUUCGCAAGCCUCGCACCAUUUACUCGAGUUACCAGCUAGCAGCCCUGCAGCGGCGCUUCCAGAAGGCGCAGUACUUGGCGUUGCCCGAGCGAGCCGAACUGGCGGCCCAACUGGGACUCACUCAGACACAGGUAAAGAUUUGGUUUCAGAACAGAAGAUCCAAGUUCAAGAAGCUCUACAAGAACGGAGAGGUGCCACUGGAACACAGCCCUAACACGAGCGACUCCAUGGCGUGUAACUCGCCGCCUUCCCCUGCGGUCUGGGACAGUAAUACGCACAGUAAUCCGUCCAGCAGGGGGCAGCUUCAACAGCCUCUCAGCUCUUCGCCCACCUAUCUGGACGACUAUAACAGCCACUGGUAUCAGCAGGGUUCUCAUUUACAGCUCCCAGGGUCGUCCUUGCACCACACCCCGCCGCCUCAGAGCGCCGGGGCGGUCUACUGAUGAGAGGGACACAUAACAAAAGAGACUCCGAUGCCUCCUGCUCCUCCCUCCCGGCCCGCGAGCCGCCAGGCCCGACCGAUGCGGCCAGCGCUCAAGCUCAGGAGUUUUAUAGUUCUUAGCCAUGGGACUCGUGCGUUUAACUUCUGCCUGCAAUGCUCGGAGACGUUUCGAGACGUCAGUCACUAAAUAAAUAAUUGAGACCCACACGAGAAAAGCUUUUUCUAUUUUCAAUGUGACUGUAGGGGGGAGGGGACUAUUUUUUAUUUUUAUUUUUUGGAGUGGUGAUUUUAAGUUAUUAAUUAUAGAUCAAUGUUCUCUCAUUUGUUUGUUUGAGGUUUAUAUAUGCAUAUGUACAUAUAAUUAAGUUCCAAUUGUAGUUAUUUGCCGGGGAAGGACGUAAAGAAUUUCAAGA